UAUGGAUUAAGAUUAUAAAGUUGUACAUUUUGCAUUUCAUGAAUAUCUAAUCAUUAAAGAGGAAAAUGAAUAAUUGUUAGAUUAAAGCAGACAACUAUUUCAAAAAUUCCAGAAUUAUUAAGAUUAAUAAAAAAAAAGUUUAAUUGAAGCUAAGUUGGCUGUCAUGAUCAACCAAAUACAUCUUGCUUUAGUUGAAAGCUUUUAUGAGAAUUUGGCUACUGAUUAUAAAGUUUCUGUAUCAUACCUCAUAAGGUGUUUAAAUUUCUCAAUCAUUUUCCCUCUUUUAAAGUAUUCAAUUACUUGAUAGAUGGUAAGAUAUUUUAAUUGCCUUGUCCAGCUAUUGGCAAAUUAUAAUCAUAAGAUUUACAAGAUUAUUUACUAAAGAUAUUUAAUUUUAAUUAUCGAAGAGUAAGAUUAAUUGAAUUCCUUUUACUUUGGUUUCCUAUAUUAUUAAAUGAUACACUUUUCUACUUUAUAAUUUAUUUAAUAUAAAGACUAAAUUAAUGCAAGAUGA